CAUACUGUGCACUUUGUACACAAUGCACUCCUGGUGUUUAACCACUUCCCGUCCGGCCCAUGUAUAUAAACGGCCGUAUGGGAGCAGUACAGGGGUGGGUGGGCUGUUUAUAAAUGGCCUCCCCGCCCCCUGCUUGUUUGCGCUCCCUGGGAGUGCGCAGCACCACGAUCCGGUGCCCGCUGUGUCCUCCGGACACAGUGGAACACCAAUUGUUGUACGGGACCUCUAUGUGAGGUCCCGAUCAUGUGAUCACUGAUUGGCCAAUCAGUGAUCACAUGCAGAAGUAGUAGGCAAGAUGUUACUUCUGACAUCAUUGCUUACUACGUGUGAAAUCUGUGAAUGAUCACAGAGGUCACAUGGUAUAUAAGGCUAUGCACAACAGCCCUGUACCAUGUGACAAGCUGUGACCAAUCACAGCUCAC